GCCGUUGGGUGGAGCAGCAGCAGCGUCGCGUGCUGCGGAACACACUCAGCGGGUCGUUAAGCAGCGCGCGCGGUUCGGUCGCAGAUGCAGGUCGCGGACGAGUGUGCGCGCGAGGCGGGGGGAAAUGGCGAGCGUGCGGCAGUGCGCUUUCUCGUGAGGAGACAGUAGACACAGGGAACCGGGGGACAGGCAGCUCGAGGACAAGGAGAAGCAGCCAUGGAGGACUCGGAGCCCGCAGAGGACGGCUUGCUCGCGGGCUUGCGGUGGAACCGGAGCGCACGGGACCAGGCUCAGCUCAGACACAAAAUCCGGGACCUGCCGGGGCUACUCAAGCACGGACUGCACCUGCGGAAGAAGAGCCAGUCACCUGACACUAUCCCUGGACCUAGUACCGGACCUACAGUACACAAGUCCUGCUCCCAGAGUUUUCCAUGUGGCGGUCGGGCUGUAAGGAAUGCCUUCCUCUCUCAUGGACCAUACCCAGCUAAAGACAAGAUACACCUGGCCAGAAUCAUAAGGCGUAGCUAUGUGGGCGUGGAACUGGUGCAGUGGUUGUGCGAGCAGUGUGUGUACGUGCGCUGUCGGACUACUGCUGUGCGUGUCUGGCAGGUGCUGCUGGAGCUUGGAGUCCUGCUGUCUGUGGAUCAGCGGGUGGUGUUCUCGGACUCAAACUCAUACUACCAGUUCAGCUUCGAGGAGUGCGAUUCCGCCGCUUGUGAGUUUCGCUCCAAUGAGGGGGAGUUGUCAGAGGCUGUCAGGCUCCUCCUGCAACUUGCCCCAUAUGUCCAGUUUCGCUCUGGAGGCAGGGCCAAUAGCCCGUCAGAGGAAGACUCUGAAGGCAACAGGGACAUCUGCAGUGAGAUUCUGCAGAUGAAAGCUCUCGAGAGGCUCACAUCUACGGUACAAAAUGAGUUGGCGGCCGCUCUCGCCCGAAAGACUCGCAAAGCUUUAUCGGAGCAGGACUCUGAGACACCAGAGACAAACCAACAGGAGCCUCGCACACCCAGCGAGGAGAGCAGCCCGCUGGGCGGGGUGUGUGCAUUGCGGGACGGUGGCGGCAGUGGCAGUGGCAGCGGAGGUAUGGGGACUGUGUGCGGCCGCGAGGAGCUGACCACUCGGCUCGGGCUGGAGGCCGUUCAGCGUCUGGCAAAGGAUGGCUGUCGGCUGCUGCAGAACCACAACUACCGGCUGCCCGACAGGAACCAGGCCGAAGCACUUGGACGAGUUUGUCUGAAGGAGCGAGGUCGGGACGUGUUGGUGUUGCGAAGAGUGACAUGUACAGUGACGUCUCCAUCGGACCGGCCCUCACCCACGUUGUCAGGGGGCGGUUCCAGGGAGGAGGAUUGCGACAAGAGGUAUGUGGUGGUUUCGGGAACGCCACUCAAAAUCUUGGAGCAUCUACUAAGUGACCUGCGGUUGGAUGACCAAAGAGGGGUGACAGAGAGCAGAGAGAGCGAAUUGUUGCUGGAUGACUUCCUGUUGACGUACCUGGUGUUCAUGUCCACCAGUGACCUCUGUCAGGCUCUUCUGGGACACUAUAGCAGUGCCCGCUGCAGGGGUCAGGAGGAGGGCAAGGACGCUCUCUUUAGGAAACGUAAGGUACUGCAGCUGGUGUCCCACUGGAGCAGGCUUUAUAAGGACUUCGUCAAGGAUGAGGAGCAUGUCAGGAGUUUUAUGAAGACUCUGUACAGGUGUGUUUUAGAAGACCUGUAUGAGUUCCCUACACUGGAGAAAGAUCUGAAGGAGUUCCAGAAGCUCCUGCGUCGGAGACACACUGUGGAUGACUGUCCUCCCAACCAAAAGAGUAAACAAAUGUAUCAGCAGCUGAGUUUGAAGGAAAACAGUUUGCACCUCAGAAGUCCACAGACAGACACCAGAGAGGUCAUUUGUUGCGUGUACGUGAGCGCUGACUCCUACCUGAGUGUCCACAUCCACCCGUCACUGGAGUCCCGUGAGCUGCUGAGGAUCAUUGGUCAGAAGAUGGACAGAGCAGAAGAAGAGAUGGUGCUCGCAGUGGUCUCACACACUGGAGAGCGGAGGGUGUUACAGCCCAGUGACUGUGUGUAUUCAGAGUCUCUGACCCCACAGGGAAAGCUUGUGGCCUGUCGCAGGGAUCUCACUGAGAUCUUGCCUCCUCUAACAGACAGUGGUGAGCUCAGCAGGAGGCCCGUCCGACUCUUAGGCAUCAACACCUGGGACGUGGCGGCUGCUCUAGCACGCCUGGACUGGAGCCUCUUCAAAUCCAUCCACGAGCAGGAGCUGGUGUACUACACCCUCAGCCGUGCUCCUGGAUCCGGCCAAACGACAGCACUCUCACUCCUUCUCCAGCGCUGCAACGAGGUCCAGCAGUGGGUCAUGUCCGAGGUGCUCAUGUGUGUCUCACUAAAUAAGAGAGUGCAGCUGCUGAAGAAGUUUAUCAAGAUCGCUGCUCAUUGCAAAGCCCAAAGAAAUUUGAACUCUGCAUUUGCCAUCAUCAUGGGUCUCAACACCGCAGCUGUCAGCAGACUCAACCAAACCUGGGAGAAAUGUCCAGGGAAGUUCAAGAAGAUUUUCUCAGAGUUGGAGCUCAUCACGGAUCCGUCUCUGAACCACAAAGCCUACAGGGAAUCCUUCAAGAAGAUGAAACCUCCCAAGAUCCCUUUUAUGCCUCUUCUCCUGAAAGAUAUCACCUUUAUCCACGAGGGAAAUAAGACGUUCCAUGACAACCUGGUCAACUUUGAGAAACUGCAUAUGAUCGCAGACACCGUGAGGAUGAUUCGCCACUGCCAGAGCGACCAACCAGGCAACGAGGUGAUCGGGGUGAACAGUGCGGAGGUGAGGGCGAGUGUUGACUACCUGCACAUCAUCGACAAUCAGCAGACUCUUUUCGAGCUGUCGCACAAACUGGAGCCCCGUGCUUAAACACACAAACCCACUGGACACGGCACAAUGGAGAUCCUAGCUUCUGUGACACGGAGGACACUUCACAACACAAUGUCGCACACUCGCGCGCGCACACUAACUGCAGCCAAAUGGUGAAACCCACAAAGACACAGGGCUGCAGUCGGCUUUAAACACUGGACAUGUGCUUUUAAAGGAUUCACACGCUUUGUGAAAUGUCUGUGGGAAGAGAAUCUGUGCAGCAGGGCUGAGAUUUACCAAACUGAGAGAGACGGAAAAGGAGGCUGUAAUUAGUUUGUACAGUAUCUAUUGGACUGAAUAUGCCCUUGGUUUAGUUCUUGUGAUGAGCUUUUGGUUAUUUAUGAGCCUGUCCAGCAGGUGGAACGUUUCCUUUAAUUCUGUCAAAGUCUCAUCGGUUUCCUCUGGAGGUCAAACAGGACGCGAGAGCCUCGUCGACAGUCACAAACGCUUUUGUGUUUAUAACCUGACGGUGUCAUAUUAUUUAAUCUGCAUUCCAUUUAUCUGCCUUUUGAUGCAUGUAUACACAGGAUACAUGCUGCAGUUAUGCAGGUGUAGGUUUGGUUAUUGUACUGUAGCAUAUUAUUCAACAGCUUUUUUUUUUUUUACCUUUUUCUCACUAAAGUUCUGUAUUUUGACUAAAACGUGCAGCUUCAGUGACAAAAGGUGCAACAUUAAGGGUUUGUCAGUCCUGGCCCCCUGAAUGGAGCAUUGUGAGAGGUUUCCACUGACUGACCAGUGAGGUUUGAAACCCCGAAGCUCUCCUGAACGUCUCUCAAAUACUGUUGAUGAAUACUGAAUCGUUGUAAAGUCCUGGCUGACUUUUAACACUCCUAGUGCUCUCUUCUCUGUGAUGUUUUUUUUUCUGUGAAUAGAUAAUUAUUUUACGUUGUAUAUAAUAUGGACCUAUACAUUUUUCAGUGCCACAUGUCACGUUGAGUCCUGCAGCACAGUUGUUGAAAUCUUGUUUUGUUUUUUUGUUUUUUUAAUCACAGAUUUGUUUAUUUUUGAGUGAGCUCUGAAAUGACGUCUGGUCCUUGAUCAUGUGAAGCAGGUCUGACUGUAGAGAUGCUUUCUGACAUUAUGAUGACUGAUUCCCAGUUGUAUAUGAUGGUGUUCCUCACAUCAUGGGUUGCUAUGGAAAUACAGCCCCAUUAGUUAAAGUCAAAGCACUGCACCACAGUUAAGAAAUAGCUUUAUUCUACAAAAUCAUGUUCAUGAGCAGGUUCUAACAUUUUACUAUCUGUUCUUACUGACUGAAUAGAUCACUUCAUACAGAAGGGAUCAUGUGUAAACUGUCUGAAAAGUAACACAGGUAGCGGACAUUAUACAUGAAGCACAAGGGCACAUACUUUCUCCCUUUAUAUUAAGAAUGUCUGGUGGGAGUUUUACAGAUUUGGUUCAUCCACUGAUUUUUCAAAACUUCUAAAGUUCUUAUAAGUAAAUAAAUAUUGGAGAAAAUUCUCCAUUCUGAAUCCAGUAAGUUCUCAUAUUCUGGAAGCGUAUUCCUGUCGACACAUCCACGACUCGUGAAAAGCUUCUAUUUGUCGUUCGAAUCCAAGAGGAACCAGUUAGUCUUGUAAAUGUCAUUAUAAGCCUGCCUCACUGUCUUCAUCAGAACCUAAAUGCAGCAGGUGAUGCAUGUCUUUCAUUGUUUAGAGAGCUAUGAAGCAUGGUGGUAAAGUGCAAUACAGUAGUAAUGUUUGUUGCCACAAGUGUUCAUCAUCACCAUCAUUUAAAAACAAAGCUUUGUUCAGGACACAGAGCUGCUCUUUCCUGCAGACCAUGAUGACUCAGCUGGGUAAAUGAAAAUCUGACUUUGAAAAAAAAUGGUUUGGUUCAGUUGGUCCAGAUUUGUAUAUGGAUCGGCAUCAAAUUGCUCACAAUAACCCCUAAACAUGUCAACAUUACUUUUUUUGUCAAGAACCAUUAAUUCUUCUCCAAGAAAUCAAUGAAAAUGUUGAAAACUUCCUUUAUCACGAUGUUAAAGAACGUAAAAAAAAGAUCCUGGAUCUGCCCCCUGAUCCAGAACCAAAAUUGAAUGGGGCUCUACCGUGACCUUAAUCCUUCCAGUAGUUUUUGGGGCAAUCUUGCUAACAAACAAACAGACAAUGUGAAAAUAUAACCUCCAUGGUGGAGGUAAUUAUAAAAGUGAUCACAAGGGAAAGACUCACCUUAAACUUAAUUUUAUGUCAUGCUAUGUAACCACGUAGAUUUAUUAAAAUCUAAAAUACUACACACAUCAUCCAGGAAGUGUUGCCUGAUAUUACACAUGUGAGUCUUGAGAUAAUUUCUUUCCAGUUAUUGACGUCCACAAAUGCUACAUUAACAAUUUAAGAGAAUUCGAAUAAUAUUCAAAUGAUAACAUUCAAUUUGAUAUUAUAUUCAAAUAGACCGAUGCAAUCUAUUUCUAUUUAUAUACAAACAAUCCAGUAGCCAGUCAGAUUUACCUUUAGCCUCAGUGUACCCUCAAAUUCGUCCUGUAUCAUUGAUUACGAGGCAAAAACAGUUUAUGAUGCAAUCAUGCAGAGCUGAAGUGGGACAUCCCUCACAUCCGCUGGUGGCUGCUAACACCUGCUAACAUCUACUGGUAGUUGGUAACUUAAAUUGUGCAGAAGACCUUCAAACGUAAAAGGGAUAUUCACCAUCUUGUCCUGUAUUCUAAAAAAAUACUGGUCACACCAGACCAAAUGCAGCAGUAGCAGCAAAACGUCAGCGUGUUCUAACUUCGACAACAAUUGAGUUGUAUUCAGUUUUUUAAUUGUGAGAGCUUGUUAUUUAUUUUUAAAGUAAAACUUCAAAGAUUUGCUUUUUGUGAAACCAAUUCAGUGAUUUGUGAUUCGGCUGUGAGAGCUGAUAAGUCAGAGUUGUGGUUUUAUUGUAUUCAGCGUCAUAGAGAGGCCCUGUGGUCGUCAAAUAUACUAUUAAGCAAGACACACACACACACACACACACGUACACAGGCCCAACACUGCUCCACCUCGUCCACGGAGCAGAUCAAUUGUUCUGAAUGAGUUAUUUAUUAUUAUAUAUUGUUUAUUUAUGUAUUUUAAAGUUGACAAUAUUUCGGUUUAUGUGCCAGAAGCUUCACUGCUGGAAUGUAAAAGUAUGUAUUGUGUUUUAUGGCCACUUGAGGGCAGCAGAGGAGUAAGUUGAUGUGAUGACCUUUGAGAAAACCACAGGAGGUUGUAUUCAGUAUUUUGUCAUAACUGUGUAAAACAUUUUUUAUAUCAAUGUUGAAAAUCUGUUUGCAUGUUAAAAUAAAAACACAAAGUUCACAAUGCAAGACAGGACACAUUGAAGGCUUUGUACUAUUGUAAUAUUGUCUAUGUGUAAAUAUGCGCCCACAGUUGUUGGGAAUGUUAUUACUUAUCUGUUGUAAAUGGAAACCAAAAGAGUCAACAAUGAAGCAAUACGUCUCCCCCUCGUGACCCCCCAGCCUUCAGAUAGCUGGAGCUACACGUCUUUUCUAAAGCUUCGUUUUACUAUGUGAACAUUUUACUGAAAAUGAAUAAACUAUAGGUUUUAUGUGA